UUAAUCAAUGAAGCGUGACCACAUGCGCCGUGGCGUUCACGUCCGGUUUGGGGGAUGAAUCGCAAAAUGUUAUUUUUUGUGAGUUAAGUGACUGAACCCUACGUGUUAUUAUAAACGUUCGGGUGUUAAGGGAGCACUAGUGAAGCUGUAAUACUUGGGUCGAACUGAAAAUGUAGUUGUUUGUUUUAAUCUGUCAUAAACAACAUAUAAUGAACUAGUACAAAUGUUUACAUCCACCACUAUAGGCAACUAUAACUCGGUAGAAAGAAGCCUAAAAGCAUUAGAAAGACAUCCGAAUAUUCCCUAUGUAAUAUCAUUUUCACCUCAAAUCAACCCUGGAGCAGUGGGCGUGGCACCGCACAGGUGAGCGGCCGGAGGAGGAAACCUCAAACACAGGAAGCAGAGAGAAGUGGGCUGGUCACUGUUUUCUUGGCACUAACGACAAUACGAGUACAUUGUGUGCGGUGUCCAAAAGGCGCAGGCGAAGAUGCCAGAGAGGGUCAGACCCCACCAGAAGAGUAGAGUGUACAAUGACUACCCGAGCAGGGCCAGAGACCACUACCCUCACGAUGGAGACCCCCAACCCUACGGUGGCAGGGAUCGCAAGCACGAGCCGAGAGACGCGGAGAGAGGCUCUGCUGGUGACAGGAGGGUCAAACAAAACAGACAGAGGGACAUGACAACUGCCUCUCGCCAGGAGCCCGGUUACAGAGACCAGGACCCUGAAGGACCCUCGAGACCGUCCGGAGAGACUUCGAUCUAUCGCUCUGAAGUGGAGCCUUAUGAGCAACAACACAGACGGGCUCUUUACAAUCUCAGAUACAUCUUAACCAGCCGAGGUCUCUGCCAGCUCAUGGAGCUGUUUGUGAAUCUGCUCGUGGUCAUCUGUGCCGGAGUGCCGUACAGCAACAACGGGGGCUACCGCGACCUGGCCAGCCUCGGUGGAAUCUACUACUAUCACUUUGGCGGCGCCAAUGCCUUCACGGGGGCCGACGCAGACCGGGUGAAGGACCUCGACCGACAGUUCCAUCAGCUCAAGAGACCUCCGUAUGUCUUCACCAUGGCCUGCGGCGGCGUUUUAAUGAUCUACGCUUGUGCAAUGCUCGCCUUGGGGCUUUUCAGGGUCACUUACCGCUGGCCCCCCGUGCUGCUCGGCGAGGCCCUGCUGAACCUCCUGAUCGGCCUGGGCUACAUCCCUGCGCUGGCCUUCCUCUUCAUCAAGCUGCAGGAAACCUACAGCGACGCAAUCUGCACGGAGAGAGAGCAGAUGUACAAAAGCAAAGGACACAAGGGCUUCGAAUGCCAGUUCCACGGCGCGGACAUCGCAGUCGGCCUCUUCGGGGUGCUGGGGGUGUUUGUUUUCGUCUUCGGGGCAGUGUUAGCUGUCAGAGCGUUCAGGGCAGUGCGAGAGCUAAAGAAACAAAGGCCCGACGAGGACGACAAUUUCUAAGACGUCUCUCUGUGACAUUUGAACAAAAGUGGAAUUGAUCAGAAGUCCAUGUGACAUGACAACGUGGGAGAUUUGUCAUAUAAGGUGUUAUUUUUUGUACUAGUUGAAUCUUUUUAAUACUUAAGAAGUUUCUUGCCUUGAGUUUUUUUUAGAAUAUUUUUUAUUUCUACUACUUUUCCAGUUUACAUGCUUUUGUUCGGUCUGUCACAUCUUCUAUAAACCACUCUAAUAUCAAGUAUUAAUCAUAAUAAGUAAUAAAAAGCCCUGGGAUUAAAAGGCAGCCUGAGAAAAAGUUUGAUUGCCAGAAAUACUCACAGGUAAUGUUGAUAAGCCCUUUGUAAAACACAAACACAAGCAAAAACACCAGACAUUUUCCUUACUCAAGAAGAAGUGUGAUACGUCACCCAUUUCCAGUCCAUUGGGCUUCCAUAGAUCUAGAUCUCUUUUCAGGUAAAAUAAUGUGUUUUGGAUUGAAAUCAUUGUACAUUCCUAAAAUCUGAGUGGAUCUCAGCCUGUGGAAAUGUAAUCCUGCCAGUUGGCUCUUGAUGCAGAGGAUUGCUGUGAAGGACCAAAUCAACAAUUUAUCAAAACCAAA